AUGCCUAGUAGUAACGAUAUUACAAAGUUAGACUUAUAUGCUCUGCUAGAAGUGACCGACAAUGCCACCAAGAAAGAGAUCGUAUCAGCUUAUCGAAAAAAGGCCUUGAAAUGCCAUCCUGAUAAGAACCCUGAUAAUGCAAAUGCAGCUGUUGAAUUUCAGCAGUUAUCCAGUGCUCUUCAAAUACUUACUGAUGUUGCAGCAAAGGCUGCUUAUGACAAAGUAUGGAAGGCCAAAAAAGCAGCCAAAGUCAGGCAUAAAGAACUUGACAGCAAAAGGAAAAAACUCAAAGAAGAUUUAGAAGCUCGAGAAAAGGCUUAUGAUGAAAAGAAGAGUAAAGAAGAACUUUCUCAGAAAGACUUGCAAGCUGAGAUCGAACGCUUACAGAAAGAAGGUUCCAGAUUGUUAGAGCAAGAACAACAACUUCUCAAAGAACAGAUGAGGAAGGAACACCAAGAAACAUCGACUGCUCAGAGUGUCCCUGGAGCUCUGCCCAGGCUGAAGUAUCAAUCCAACUUCAUUCUCUAUUUGAUCAAAUGGAAAGCAGCCAAGGGAGACAAAACUAAUGGUGGAUAUUCAUUAGAAAUUUUGGAAAAAAUAUUCAGUGCAUAUGGUGAAGUGACGGCCCUGGUUGUUUCAAGUAAAAAAAAUGGAUCAGCUAUUGUAGAGUUUCCAACCACAACCAUUGCACAAAAGGUUUUGCUCUGUGAACAUGGUCAUGAAGAGAAUCCUUUGACUUUCUCUUGGAUUGAUGCAGCUACUGGCCCUAAAGUUACCCCACCUCCAGUACCCAGCAAAUGGGAUAAUGAUGACGAAGAUGACAACUUUUUGAUACACAAAACUCCAACUCAGUUUGGCCAACAGACUUAUAUGUACCAACCAAUGACUGCCCAGGAGAGAGACUAUGAAAGUUUAGUACUUCGGAAGCUGAGACAAGCAGAAGAAAGAAAACGCCUUACUGAACAAAUAAUGAAAGAAGAUCAAGAAUCGGCUUGA